UGAAAUUGGGGUCUUCUUCUCCAUCUCUGACAUCACCAUCACCAUCCUCCCUUCCUUCACUCUCUGGCUGCAGAAGCACACUCAGUUGACCAGAAAGCCUGUGAACCCUGUGAGCAUCAGAUACUGUGCGUCCUCUUGGAGACACUAAUGUUGCUGCCAGCAGACUUCUUCUGACUUCUUCUGCUCCUCAGCAUCAAAGCUUUCCUUUCCACGAGGAUUAAAGCAGAAUAUCAAGGUGUUUUACGGGAUAUUUCUCUCUGCAGGCUUUGGGGAUUGCUGCACAGAGAGAGGAUUCAGGAACAGGAUUUGUCCUCAAAGCCAGGAGGAUGAAGAUGAUGAUGAUAAUGAUGUGUGUCCUGUUGUUGGGGGCUCAGCUGCUUCUCUCAGGUUUGGCCCUGGCUUCCCCCACAAUCCCAAACAACUUCUUCUUCUACCAUGACUACCUCAAAGGAAAUGGAAACAAAGAAAUUCAUUUCAGAGGUGUGAAGCUCCACGUGGACUCUGCUCAGCCGUCAGUGUUUGCAGUCAGAGGGGGUAACGCCACCAUGCCCUGCAGGUUCUGGUAUGAGCCUGAGUUGAGCUCGCCAAGGCAGGUCCGGAUCAAGUGGUCCUGGCUGCCUGCUGCUGGGGGGCAACAGACAGAUGUGCUGGUGACCAUCGGCUUACGCUGUCGAAGUUUUGGCCACUUCAGGGGCCGUGUGCAGCUCAGACAGGAGUUCCCAGGAGAUGCUGCACUUGUGAUGACUGACCUCCUGCUGAAUGAUACAGGCCGCUACCACUGUGAGGUGGUGGACGGACUGGAGGACAGGAGCACUUCAGUUGAUCUGGAGUUACAAGGUGUGGUGUUUCCCUACCAGCACCCUGGUGGUCAUUACCACCUGAGCUUCCUGGGAGCCCAGCAGACCUGUGAGCAGCAGGACUCCACCCUGGCCACCUUCACACAGCUCUUCCAGGCUUGGAAGGAAGGCCUGCACUGGUGCAACGCCGGCUGGCUGGCUGACGGGACGGUCCAGUACCCCAUCACCCGGCCCAGGGUGCCCUGCGGGGGGCACGGCCUCGCCCCGGGCGUCCGGAGCUACGGCAGACGCCACCAGCACCUUCAUCGCUACGAUGUCUUCUGCUUCUCCUCUUCACUCCGAGGUAGUGUCUACUAUCUUCAGCCCUCUCACAAGAUGAACCUGACCGAGGCUCAGCAGGCGUGUCAGGAGGACGGAGCAGAAGUCGCCAAGGUCGGACAGCUCUACGCCGCCUGGAAACUAACAGGGCUGGACAGCUGUGAGGCUGGCUGGCUGGCUGAUGGAAGCGUCCGGUAUCCCAUCACCAGGCCACGGAGAAACUGUGGUCCCUCUGAGCCCGGGGUGCGCAGCUUUGGCUUCCCACCUCCUCAGCACAAGCAUGGAGUCUACUGCUACAAGUCAGGGGAUGAAUGAAUGUAGACUCCCCUCCUCUGUGGGGUCAGAGAUGGGAAGUUGGCACAGCUCUCUUGAAAAUAUGGAUCCUUAUGAGCGAGCUGCCUGGAAAUCCUCAGACAUUUUUUCUUGUGAUGUGCUGGAUAAUUUUACAUCUUAAUGCCUCUAAAACUUAUUCAAGUAGAAACAAAACUCUCUCACUCUUUGCCUAAAUUGGUUAAAGACCGUGUUGAUGGCUCACAAGUAGAUACUGCUUACAAGUGAGAAAGGUUGGCAACCACUGGUGUAAACCUCAGUUUUACCAUUUUAUGUACAUCUCACUGUAUUUUCUAUUAGUUCAUUCUCUUUUUGUACAUGAGAGCAAAGCCUUUACUUUACUAUGAUGCUGUCUCACUAUUAAUGCUAUUAAGCAUUAAUGAAAUUAAAGCUAUUGAUAUUCUUCUGUACACUGAUGAAGGCUAUGACAUGAUUCGAAGGUCAGUGGACAUCAAUUAUUGUUUCUUCUAGAGCUGCAUCGAUUAAUCGAUUCAUUGUCAACUAUUAAUCCGCAACUAUUUGGAUUAUCGAUUAAUCGGUUUGAGUCAUUUUUUUAAAGAAAAAAAGUCAAUUCUUUGAUUCCAGCUUCUCAAAUGUGAA